AUGGCGAAACCGAUUUUACGAUUAGCCCUGGUGGCUGCCCUGUCUCCCGUGUACGCAGUCAUGUUGAUUGCCUCCCAUUACAGCGGCCAGAUUUACACACUCGACUUGUCCUCAGCCAAGCAACUGACAAUCACAAAGUCUGUCAGCUCUGGCAAUCGCAUGCCUGCAUGGCUAGACUUUGAUUCUGCUACCAAAACACUAUAUGUUCCAGACGAGGUUCAAUGGGGACAACCGCUUUUGAAAAGCUUCUCUGUCGCUUCGGAUGGCACCGUAACUCCAAAAGGUCAGGUACAAACAGCCGGCGGCGAGCUGCACAGCACGCUCUAUGGAGGACAAAACGGCAAAGGAUACAUAGCUUUAGCACAGUAUGAUGCGUCCAUUAUUUCCACGUAUGCCCUGCCGUUGACGGGGACAGGCCAGGCCCUUCAGAAGUUGACGUUCACAAUGUCGCAACCCGGACCUGUUCCUUCUCGCCAGGACAAGCCUCAUCCGCAUUCGGCCUUCCCCGAUCCAUCUGGGCGAUAUCUUCUUGCCGCAGAUCUAGGUGCCGAUCUCAUCCGCAUCUUUAGCAUUGAUGCAACGGGGAUUCUGAAAGAAUGCCCUUCGGCCCAGUCAGGGCGAGGUGACGGCCCUCGUCACGGCACAUUUUGGUCUCAGAACAACAAUACACUGCUAGUAACAGUUAACGAGCUCUCAAACUCGAUAACAUCAUGGGAUGUCACGUAUCCUAUCUCAGGAUGCUUGAAACUCGUCAAGAAACAAACCGUUUCAACCUUUUCGCCUGGGAAAACAGCUCCUUCGGGAUCCAAGGCCGCUGAGAUUCACGUCAAGGAGAAUUUCGUAUACGUAUCUAACAGAAAUGACCGAUCAUUCGGAACACAAGAAGAUUCUUUGACAACGUAUGCCAUCGAUCCGUCAACGGGUGACGUCAGAUUCAUCGAGUCCACAAGCGCGUUUUCUUUCUUCCCUCGCACCUUUGCAAUCAAUAAGGCUGGAAACAUGGUGGCUAUCGGCGGGCAGACAAGCGCGAAUGUGGCUAUCGUUGAUCGAAACGUUACCACGGGCAGGCUUGGGCAGCUAAUUGCGACGAUCAAAGUCGGCAGCCCGGGAACAGUGAACCAGGAAAAUGGAUUGAGUGCGGUCAUUUGGAAUGAAUAA